AUGUCUGAAAUGUUUUCAUCGGGCUCGCCUGAGCCAAGCAAUAUCUACAGUCCACGAAGAUCAAUCGCUGGCUCUGUCGACGUACCGUCAGAUGACGAAGGUAGUACUGGUUCAAUGGAUGAAUGCAGUGACGAAGAGGAUACCCAUGGGCAACGCGUUGUCGAAACUAGAAGUGCCAUGGAGCAUGACCAAAGACAUGUGAAGCCUCAGGACCCUGGGUACCCUAGAGACUCGACAUCGACUAUUAUCGAGUGUAUGGCGGAAUUAGAUGUGCGAGUGCAGUCUGUUGAGGACUCCCUCCUGAACCAGAAUCUGUGGAACAACGAAAUGCACCGAGAGGUGGCACAUAUCAUGGCGAUUGUCGAAGCGAUGAGGGAAGACGUGGCUGCAUUGAAAGGAAAGGUUGGGAUGGUCUAG